AUGGUGUUCACAAAACCAUUUCUUCUUCUUCUUCUUUUGUUCCUCUAUUGUUAUACUUCGUCUGCUUUGUUCAAUCCGCCGGAUAAUUACUUGAUCUCUUGCGGCUCAUCGCAAAACAUAACCUUUCAAGGCAGAACCUUUGUUCCAGAUUCGCUUCACUCAUCUCUCGUUCUCAAAAUCGGAAACUCCUCCGUAGCAGCAACUAGCUCCAAUUCGAGCAACUCGAUCUACCAAACCGCUCGCGUUUUCUCCGGUUUAGCUUCGUACAGAUUCAAAAUCACCGCAUUGGGUCGUCACUGGAUCCGUCUCCAUUUCUCUCCGGUGAAGAACUCGACCUGGAACUUAACCUCCGCGUCAAUCACAGUGGUGACGGACGAUUUCGUGCUCUUGAACAGCUUCUCCUUCAAGAACUACAACGGCUCUUACGUCUUCAAGGAGUACACAGUCAAUGCCACUUCAGAUUUCUUGACCCUAACUUUCAUCCCUACGAACAAUUCGGUGGUGUUUGUCAACGCGAUUGAAGUUAUCUCUGUCCCUGAUAGCCUUAUCCCUGACGUCGCUCUGGCUCUGAACCCUUCGUCUCCGUUCAGCGGCCUCUCUCAGCUCGCGUUCGAAACGGUCUACAGAUUGAACAUGGGAGGACCAUUGCUGACUUCUCAAAACGACACCUUGGGGAGAAGAUGGGACAACGAUGCAGAGUAUCUCCACGUGAACAGCUCUGUCCUUGUGGUAACAGCGAACCCUUCUUCGAUCAAGUACACUGCUUCCUUGACGCAAGAUACAGCUCCGAACAUGGUUUACGCAACCGCUGAUACAAUGGGUGAAGCGAAUGUAGCGAGCCCGAGUUUUAACGUGACUUGGGUUCUCCCUGUGGAACCAGACUUCAGGUACUUUGUUCGUGUUCAUUUCUGCGAUAUCGUGAGCCAGUCUUUGAACACGCUUGUCUUCAACCUCUAUGUGAAUGAUGUUCUUGCUCUCGGAAGUCUUGAUCUGUCUUCGUUGACUAAUGGUCUCAAAGUCCCUUACUUUAGAGACUUCAUCUCGAACGCCUCCGUCGAAUCUUCCGGUUUGUUAACCGUUAGCGUUGGACCGGACUCUCAAGCUGAUAUCACCAAUGCUACUAUGAACGGUUUAGAGGUUUUUAAGAUUAGUAACGAAGCUAAGAGCUUAAGCGGCGUUUCUCCGGUUAAGUCUCUUGUCCCCGGAGGAUCAGAUUCAGAGAAGAAGAAGAAGAAAGUAGUGAUCAUCGGUUCCGCGGUUGGCGCGGUCACAGCGGUUUUGCUGAUCGCGGUUUGUUGCUACUGCUGUUUAGCUGCGUCGAGGAAGAAGCGUUCCACGAGUCCUCAAGAAGGCGGUAACGGUAACGGUCACGGUAACGGACAUCCGUGGCUGCCUCUGCCGUUAUAUGGACUCUCUCAGACGCUUACAAAAUCAACCGCUUCUCACAAGAGCAACACGGCGAGCUGCAUUUCGUUAGCCUCGACGCAUCUUGGCCGUUGCUUUAUGUUCCAAGAAAUCAUGGACGCUACUAACAAGUUCGACGAGAGCUCGCUCCUCGGCGUCGGAGGAUUCGGCCGGGUUUACAAAGGGACGUUAGAAGACGGGACUAAAGUCGCCGUGAAACGAGGGAACCCGAGGUCAGAGCAGGGCAUGGCCGAGUUCAGAACGGAGAUCGAGAUGCUUUCGAAGCUAAGGCACCGACAUCUCGUCUCGCUUAUCGGUUACUGCGACGAGAGGUCAGAGAUGAUUCUUGUCUACGAGUACAUGGCGAAUGGACCGUUGAGGAGUCAUCUCUACGGAGCUGAUCUUCCUCCGUUGUCGUGGAAACAGAGGCUCGAGAUUUGCAUCGGCGCAGCGAGAGGGUUACAUUAUCUACACACCGGAGCGUCGCAGAGCAUCAUACACCGAGACGUGAAGACCACGAAUAUCUUGCUCGACGAGAACCUAGUCGCGAAAGUCGCCGACUUCGGGCUGUCGAAAACGGGUCCUUCGCUGGAUCAGACCCAUGUGAGCACGGCGGUUAAAGGAAGCUUCGGUUAUCUUGAUCCGGAGUACUUCAGGAGGCAGCAGUUAACUGAGAAGUCCGAUGUAUAUUCGUUCGGGGUUGUUCUAAUGGAAGUCCUCUGUUGUAGACCGGCGCUAAACCCGGUUUUGCCGAGGGAGCAAGUGAACAUAGCGGAGUGGGCUAUGGCUUGGCAGAAGAAAGGUCUGCUUGAUCAGAUCAUGGACAGUAACUUGACCGGGAAAGUGAAUCCGGCGUCGCUGAAGAAAUUCGGAGAAACGGCAGAGAAAUGUUUGGCGGAAUACGGCGUGGACCGGCCGUCGAUGGGAGAUGUGUUGUGGAAUCUGGAGUACGCUUUGCAGCUUGAGGAAACGUCGUCGGCUUUAAUGGAGCCUGAUGAUAACAGCACGAACCAUAUCCCUGGGAUUCCGAUGGCGCCGAUGGAGCCGUUUGAUAACAGUAUGAGUAUUAUCGAUAGAGGAGGAGGAGGAGGGAACUCGGGGACGGGGACUGAUGAUGAUGCGGAAGAUGCGACCACGAGUGCUGUGUUUUCGCAGCUUGUUCAUCCUCGUGGAAGGUAG